CGGAAGCAGGUGCGGGCGGUCUUGGAGCUAUGGGCGGUGAUGUUUGGCCUCUAGCAGACUUGUGGACGGAGGUGGAUGGGUAUGGUACGUUCGGGCAUGACCUCAUGGAGAUCGGGGGAGGGACACCUGGGGCAGGUAUUACUGGUGCAGGAAUGCAAGUUGCAGGAGGUGCAUCUGGUGCAGGUUUUACUGGCAUGGCUACAAACGGUGCGGCUGCAGGGGCAGCAUCUGGCGGGUUCGGGUCCAUUGAGGAGAGGCCGUCAGGGGCACCUAUGGAUACUGAUGGUUCGGCACUUCCUGCUGCCCUUACCUCCGCUGCUCCUGCUGCUGCUCCUGUCAUGCCCAUGCCCCCCCCUCCUGCUCCUGCUUCUGCUCCUGCUCCUGGAGCUCCUGCUGCUGCUGCUGCUGUUCCUGCACUAGGGACAGCAGGAGCAGCAGCAGCAGCAGCGCCUGCAGUGUCGUCGCUAAGUGAUAAAUCAAGUGGGGCACGAGGGAAAGGAGGCGCAAAAAAAGGGGCAGCAGCAGCAGCAGCAGCAGCAGGAGCUGGAGCAGGAGGAGCAGGAGCAGGAUCAGCAGGAGGAGCAGAGAAGGGAGGGAAGCGCAGGGAUGUGGGGAAGGAAAUUUUCAUCAAGACACUCACGCCGGCUGUAGCGCGCUUCCUCAGUGCCAAUGACCCCUCCUCCCCCUCCGCUUCUGCUCGUGCUUCACCCUCUACUUCAGCAGCUCCUGCUGCUGUUGGCAGCAGCGGUUCGGCUGGAAAGAGCAGGAAAGGGGCACCUAGAAAUGAGCAAGGCUCUGCUGCUACUGCUGCUGCUGAUGCUGGUGCUGGUGCUGCUGUGAGUGGCGCUGGUGCUGCUGGUAGUGGCUCACCUGGUGGGUCAGGAGCAGGGAGGAAAGGCAAAGAGCAGGUUCGGGCCGGAGGAGGUUCGGCACUUGCAGGUUCGGCUUGGAGAAGCCCGGGACAAGGUGGUUCGGGGCAGGGAGGCGGGGAGCAGCAGGGAGGGAUGCAGUCGCAUGGUUACGGGUCAAGGAAGGUGGUAACCACCAUAGAGGAGGCGGACGCAGCUGGGCUCGAGGCUGCGAGGAGAGCAAGGGAGUCCCGAACCAAAGCGGCUGCCAUGGCUCGGAUGCUGCAGGAGUCUGGCUUCCUGGGGGGAACUGGACGCUCGGGAACUCCAGGCGUGGGUGGUGGAGGUCCGGGGGCUGCAGGUUUGGGCUCCGGUGGGGUUGCAGGGUCUGGACAAGAUGCACGAGUGGGUUCUGCCGCCGCUGCUGCUGGCCCUUCGUCCGCUCCUGCUGCUGGUGCUGCUGGCCCUUUGUUCGCUCCUGCUGCUGGUGCUGCUGGUGCUUCUGGCGCUGCUGGUGGUAGCGCUGGUGGGAGGGGGAGGGUUGCAUCUGGUGGUGCUGCAACGUCAGUUGCUGCCUCAACUGGAUUUGAUUCUGACUCUGAUGGCCCCUUGCCUGAAAUUGUGGUAGGGGAUGACCUUGAGUUCUAGUGCCAGUAUUGAUUGCUGUGGCGCCUCUCUGCAACUGCUGAUCUAGCUACAUUAAAAUAACUGGCUUGCUGUUUUCAUUUACAGGCUUCAAAUGGUUUCAAGCAAGCCCCUUGCUUUACCUUACCUAGGUAGGGAGCCGUAGAGUUUUGGGCGGGGCCAUGCAGGGCUCCUGUGUCCUGCUGAUAAAUC